AUGAAUGACACAGUAACUAUCCAGACCAGUAAGUUCAUGACCAACAGACUACUUUAGGGAAACAAAUGGUCAUUGGCAACAGUACCCAAGACAGAAAUAGGGGAAAAACUAGCCAAAAUGUAUAAGAUCAUGCCAGAUGUCAUCUUUGUGUCUGGAUUCAGAACCCAUUUUGGUAGUAGCAAGACAACGGACUUGGGCAUGAUUUAUGAUUCCUUGAGUUAUGCAAAGAAAAAUGAACCCAAACAUAGACUUGCAAGACAUGGCCUCUAUGAGAAGAAGAAGACCUCAGAAAAACAGAAAGAAUGCAGGAACAGAAUGAAGAAAGGCAGGGAGACUGCUGGCAAAAAGUGA